AUGUACCUAAAUCUUCCUGAUCUACCUAAACAUGUACCUGGUGUAGAUAAACAGAAUCUUUUGAGCACAGCUUGUUUUCCUUGUCUUUGUGACUUACAGAAUAAUGGAGUGGCCUUCAACACUGAGCCCCCCCCUGGAACACAGACAGGUCUGUGUGGAGUGGUAGAGCAGAAGGAUGAGGGGGGGCAGCAGCCAGACUCAGACUGUGCAGCUCAGAGUCAGCCUGGACAUGCUGGACUCUGCGAGAAGCACUACAGGGAGUACCUGGUGAGUCUGAUCAACAGCCACUCCAUAGACCCCGCCCCCCUCUACAGCUCCAACGAGCUGCUGCUGGCCUGCAGGAGGUACAAGGUGGAGGACCCCCGCAGGGAGGGGGAGGACAGCUUCACCUACUUCAGCCGAGUGCUGCAGAAACUGAUGGAUGAAGAACCGCUGGGAGACAAGGUGCCACGCAAGAAAUAAUGAGUCACUUCCUGUUUCCUGCAGUGAUUUGUCCACAUUUCAACCUAAAACCCAGCUACAGGAGACAAAAUGGUUAAAAUGUCCUUGUUGUUUGGAUCGUAAAAAACUGAUGUAUAAAAAAAUGUACUGUUUGUAAUGUAUUCUUUAUUUUAUACGCAGCAUUUUUGUCCCUGUCAUGAUCCUGUAUAUGUGGCUCGUGAUCUGAUUGAUCAGUAUUCCAAUCGGUUCCUCUGAACUGAAUCUUCAUUGGAGCUUUUAGCUGUGUAUCAUUGUGAUCUCUCUGUAAGAACUCAACCAGCUUCACAAUAGCAGAAAACCUGUAAGCCAAAGAUAGCUAACGCACUAAUCUCACUCCGUAAUUCAAUGUCUCAAAUUACUUUGUCACACCAUGAAAUCCUUUACAGCACAUUUUUCAUUGUUCGGUAUUAUUCAAUACUUCUGUUGUGCAUGUUAAAACUUGACAUUUCAAUAUUAUACGGUAACAAUCUUAAAAGAUAUUAGUAUCUACGAAAUACUGAAUGGAUGUAAACUCUUGUUGAAUAGGUUUGCUGAUGUAAAAACUACAGAUUUUAAAUACUGCUUUGUUGAAUUAUUUAAGAUUUGUUUGUGUUCAAAAUGAGAGUCUGCCAAGUGUAAAUCACACACAGUGCAUGUGGUGGCCUGUACUGUGCCCAAAAUAAAUAGUUAUAAUAGAGCCUUCAAACUGUCACAUGUGUUUGACUUUGGCAGUGAAACUCAGAUGCAUUUAAUAUGUUUCUAAAGGAUAGGAUUAACGUUAGCUGUAAGCUUUGGUGACAUGUAUUUAAGUACAUUUACUCAAUGACUGUACUACUCACUAGAUGUCUGGUUCAAAGAUUAAAAACAAAUGACUUUUCUGAGCUUCAGACAGUAGGAGGAUUCAGUUAUAAUCUUGAAGAUGUCUUUCUUUAUUCAUUCUCUUUCUUUCAUCCAACUCAUUAUUACAACUACAAUUGUAUUAUUUGCUGAAGCAGAAGUGAUCAGGG